AUGACCACACUGACCUCAACUGCAGCAUGCACCAGGCGUCCACUCUCAAAACUGCAGGAGAACAUCAAGUGGGCCCGGAUGAAAAUCAAGACAAGUAAAUCUCGAAUCUCCAUAGUCAAGGGACAGCUUAAAGAUGUGAGGUUUUGCAUUGGAGAUGACCCGAUACCAACAGUCUCUGAACUUCCGGUCAAAAGCCUUGGUAGAUGCACUGGACUCUAUGGCAAAGGGGUCUUGGAGUUGCCCAUCACAAGUCGAAAGGAGGAGUACAAGUGUGAUAAAGUAAGACUGCAGAUGACACUGAAGGACUCAAAAGACCAGACCGUCGGCAAUGCUGCACCUCCAGAACUGGUGGUCGAUGAAGUGCGCAGGCAGGAGAAGACUGCGAGAAGCACAAAGGCUGUCUCUCUUGUUAAACAGGGGCAAUGGAUGCAAUGGGAAGGCCUUGAGAGGAGAAAGAUCAACUGGAGUGAGCUAUGGCAAAUGGAAGAAAUCAACAUCAGGUUCAUAAUGAGAUCUGUGUAUGAUGUAUCGCCAAAAAACCUGCAUCAGUGGUAUGUAGAGGAUCCAACCUGCCCCCUCUGUCCAGCUCCAGCAACUCUCAGGCAUAUCCUGACUGGUUGCAAGACCAGCCUCACACAAGGCCGAUACACCUGGAGGCGCAAUCAAGUCCUCAAGAGCUUGGCUGUUGCAGUUGAGAUCAAGAGGACGGCCACCAACUCCUUACCCCUGGGCAAAGCAAUCCGUUAAAAAACAACGUUCAUCCAGAAAGGACAGGAAAAGCCCAGAAAGACUCCUACAAAGACAGAAACUGGUCAUCUAGCAAUGGCCCGGGACUGGAAGAUGCUUGUUGAUAUUGGCCAGCAACUCAGUUUUCCACAUGAAAUUGCCUCGACCAACCUCAGGCCAGAUAUGGUACUCUGGUCCCCGGCUCAAAGAGCUGUGUACAUAAUAGAACUCACAAUCCCAUGGGAGAACUCUGUUGAGGAGGCCUGUGGACGCAAGAAGUUGCGAUAUUGUGGCUUCUUCAACCAUCAAGUUACUGAAGGAACUUGGGAUCCAUGGACAGGCUCAGAGCAGUUUCUGAAGCAGCUGAAAGAGGCAGCCAAUGCCUAUGGAUGA